AUGGGAGGGGUCCCGCGGUGUACGUUCCUACAGCCACACAGUACCGCUAAGCACACGCGAUUAGUUAAGGGCGAGGAUCGUUACUCAAAGUGUAAUACUCUUGCCGAAUUAACAGCCGUAUUUGGAAGUAAAGCGCCGGAGACCUCAAUGACAGAGACGGAGACAGCUGCGGGCGUUCGCCCUGAAACCGUGGUAAAACACGUUGAUAUGGAUGAGCCAACACGUAAAUUUGCAUUGGAACUUGCUGCUGAAGCUUUAGAGAAGUUUAAAAUCGAAAAAGAUAUUGCGUCAUAUAUUAAGAGGGAGUUUGACAAGCGUUUUGAGCCUACAUGGCAUUGCGUCGUUGGACGAAACUUCGGAUCCUAUGUGACGCACGAGAAGCAUUGUUUCAUCUACUUCUACAUCGGCAAUAUCGCCGUGCUCCUGUUUAAGAACGGGUAA